GCUGUUGUCAUGCUCCUGUGGUUUUUUUGUUGUCAUGUUUAAACAUCUACCACAUAAAACCAUAAACGACAAUUUGCUUUAAUUUUCUAAUAAAUCAUUUGAUAACAUGGAGCCACCUCGUUGUGUUCCUUCUUUGGAGUUUAUCGAAGAGGAAUAUAAGCCUCUGUACCUAAAAAUUUGUGACGAUGAGGAAAAUGUAGAAAAAGAGUUGCAGAACUUGCUUUCUCGACAUUGUCACUUAGAGGCGAAGGUGAAAAAUAUCGUGAAAAUCUUACCAAAUCUUGAACUGGUAAAUUCAGACGCCGUUCAGUUGUCAGAAAUGAUUGGUUUUGCUUCAAACUUAGCUGAAAACGUCAGCUACAAAGUCAGAAAGCUAGAUACGGCUAGGAGCCGGGUGUCUGAAUGUCAGAAAAGGGUGCAUGACCUGUUGGACCUGCAACUUUGUUGCGCUGGGGUGAAGUCGUCAAUGAGCACGGGUGAUUUUGAAAAAGCUGCUGCUCAUGUUCAUAGAUAUCUGUCAAUGGAUCAAAGACUCCUGGAAAAAACCGCCGAUGAUGUUAACCAAGAUUCGGCGACAGUAAACAAUUCAAUAUCUGUGCUCCAAGAAGCAGCAAACAAAUUAAGAGACAUCCUAAGCACAAAAUUUUCUGAAGCUAUCAAAGCAGAAGACAGUGCUUCGGUUGAGAGAUUUUUUAAGUUGUUUCCAUUACUUGAUAUGCACGAUCAUGGUUUAGAAAAAUAUUCAAACUAUUUAUCAUCAAAAAUACAAGUUUCUUCAAAAAACAAUCUAAAAAUGGCUCAUGAAAUUAAACCUUCAGACAAAAGAGCCAGUGUAAUUUAUGCUGAUGUGAUCACACUACUUUUUGAAGAUAUCGCACGUAUUAUAGAAAUACAUCAGCCAUUGGUUGAAUCUUAUUACGGUCCGGGACAUUUACUGAAGGUGGUAAAAGUAUUGCAGGAAGAAUGCGAUCGCCAAUGUAAAACGAUAGUCAAUGAAAUGUGGAGAAAUAGGCAAAUGGAGAAAUUAAUUACUGCAGUGAAGGAUCGCAACCGGUCUACUGCAGUCAACCGUCCAAACCCAAAAGACCUUGACCAACUUCUAGGUGAAAUCACCUUCACUCAAUCGAGAUAUAAUUUAUACUGCAGAUUUCUUAGAAGGAAAAUUGCUGGUGAUGUCACAAAUGGUAAAGUUGAAACAAGGUUGAAAGAACUUGAUGCUCUACUUGCGUCAUCUGAUGUUUGUCGCCUGAUGCAAGAUCUUCUUAGCAACUACUUGCUGUUUGAGUAUUACUUUAUGGAAGAAAGUGUCAGAAAAGCCAUAUCGAUGGACACAGUUGAACCAGGAGCACAAACAUCUAGCAUGAUUGAUGAUGUGUUUUUCAUUGUCAAAAAGUGUAUAAGGAGAGCAAGUGGUACAUCAAAUAUCGACGGAGUCUGCACUGUAAUAAAUAACGCCUGUGCAGUUAUUGAAACUGAACUGUGCAGCACUCUUCUAAACAGCAUGGGGCAAGGAUUUCCAUCUGGUUAUUUGGAUUUAACACAAGCUUAUAAUGUUAUGAUACAAGGGGGACGACUGCAGUCUUCAGAUUCAGAGCAAGUCAAAACCACAUUCAUCGCUUAUUUGAACAAUACUGAAGUCGGCAGUGAAUACGUCGACACUUUGUGCAGCAGCCUUGUAUCAGAAGUACAAUGUGUAACGGACCUAGAAAGAAACAAAUUAGAGAGCUGUUUAGCAGGUUUGAGUAGCGUAAGUGCAGCUAUGGGAAUGGCCCAGGAGCUAGGGUUGCAGCAGCUUGGAAAUAUAGUGAUCAAACCUAGAAUAACAUCUUGGCUUGAUGUUUUCUUAAGCCUCUCUCAUAAUUUAACUGAGGAAGAAUUUUCAAGUUAUGAAGCGAAUGAACCAUUUAUUAGAGGACUGAUAGGCAACAUAAACAAUUUACUUGCUGAAUUUAAACAGUCUCUGACGCCUUCUAAUUACGAAAGUUUGGUCACUCUUGUAGCUACUGAGGUCAAUUCCCAGCUGGAAAAAGUUAUAAUGAAAUCAGAAUUUAAUAGAUUGGGCGGUCUUGCACUCGACAAGGAAGUCAGGGGUUUGAUAAGUUAUUUAAGCACGACAACUUCAUGGUCAGUGAGAGAAAAAUUUACAAGGCUCACACAGAUAGCGACAAUUCUCAAUUUAGAAAGGGCGUCGGAAAUUUCCGAUUAUUUAACGUCUAGUCACACAUGGCGCCUCUCGCUGUCUGACAUUAAGAAAAUUAUGAAAUUGAGGGUUGAUUUUACUUCAGAUGAAAUUGCAAGGAUAAAAUUGUAAAAAAUUGUUUACACUUGUUUACUUGUAAAUACUUUUGGUUAUUGUUUAUCAGCUUGUAUUUGUUAAUGUUAUAUUAAUGUUUAUUUAUAUAUAUAAUUAUUAUGUCUAUU